AUGAGGGGUGCUGUCUCAUCUGCACCGGGCAAGCCACAAAGCACCAUUUUAGCAAUCUUACAUGCUGAUGUAUACGAAUCAGCUUUCCGGCCUGUCUACCUGCACGAAAGCAAAGGCACGCACAGUCUCGUGGAACCCAGUUUCCGCCCUACAGGAUAUUGCUCGAGCGCACUGACAGGCUUCGAUGAGAGAGAGAAAGAAAGAAAGAAAGAAAGAAAGAAAGAGAAGGGUCGGAAAACGGUCCGAACUCGACCUUCUGGAACCUUUCCCGGGUAUUGGCAUAUGCAGUCACACCUGGGCGAGAAGGUCGGCAUCAGAGAGUCUGGUGUCUCUGGCAUAUGUUGGUCGCACCCUCGUGCGAAGUCUACUGCUGCAAGCUGGAUGCCCUGGUAUGGGAAGUCUCAUACCAGCACAACUCCUAUCAUAUGGAAACUGCCGCUUUUAACUCGAGACGCCAUGGCGCUUGCCUGGAAUUUCUUUUUGUAA